CGCACACACCCACCCACCUGACCAAAUAUAUCCAUCAUAUAACAAUAGAGAGGGAGAGAAAGAUCAUCCAUUCAUCGACUACCAUGGCCAUUUCUCUGCUGCCUUACACCGCCUCGGCUCUGCUUGCCAUCGUCAUCGCCGUCGCCAUCGCUGUCGCCCCUGCAGUUGUUCGAUCGGACCAAGAGCCUGGGCCCAGCAUUGAAGCCAUCAACGCCACAUGCGCGACUGCUACGUACAAAUUUGAGUGCACCGAUCUGCUACUAAACAACCUGGAUGUCAGGACGCCUCAAGUGAAGGACGUGAUCGCAAUGUCAGUCCAAGUCGUCGCCAAGAAGGCGGCGGAGGCGGCCGCAUUCGCCAAGGCCAUCAAGAAACCCUCCAAGUGCGUCACCGACUGCCUCGACGACCUCGCCAUACUAUCCAAGCACAUCAAGACGCUCCCGGCGACGCUCGAAACCGCCAACGACGCGGGCUUCUUUGAGCAAUUUGACACAAAGAAAAAAUGUCACGGAGAUUGUUGCUCGGACAACUUCUCGGGCGAGGAAUGCAACGCAAAGAGCCAAAUCGGUGGGGUGUUUGGCGCUCUUCGUGUCACUGAUGACCUGUUGAUGAGGAGGGCGUAUUUUAGGAAGCAGCAGCUUGACAACAAAACAACAUCAGCUAACUCUAACUGAAGAGGACAGCCGGUGUGAUUUGCUCUUACAUUGAUAUCGCAUGCGUAUGAAUAAUGGUCCAAUGGAAUUGGGAGCGGAGUAAGAAGCUCAUGUUGCCUUUAUGCAUGUAAUAAUCAUGCCUGCCUGCAUGGCCCGCUAGCUGUUGGUCCAAUGCCUGGCUGCCUGCCUGAACUGGCGUCAAUUUCCAGUUUGUUUUUGUAAUAUAUAAUAACUCUU